UUUACACUCACUUAUACAGAUACAGAACAAACUGUGUGCAACAUUUGCCGUCACUUUUAGUCGUUCGCUUUUCAUUCGUUGGUAGUCGUCGUUGUCGUUUCGAGUGAAUCGAAUAUAGUAAGUCACACUGUGAGCGACGCGUUCCGUUGUAGAUUCCUCUUACGUUAAUUAAUCUCUCUGCUGUCUAUCAACUGCGUGUGGAGAAAGUGCGUGGCCAGACUCACAUACACUGACACACACAAACACCAACACACAUAUUCAGUUUUUUUCGUCAGUUCACUGAAAGCAAAAACAAAUCAAUAACAAAAUGUCUACAGUCGAUAAGGAGGAAUUGGUCCAGAAGGCAAAACUUGCCGAACAAUCGGAACGUUAUGAUGACAUGGCCCAAGCCAUGAAAUCAGUCACAGAGACCGGCGUGGAACUAUCAAAUGAGGAAAGAAAUCUGCUCUCCGUUGCCUACAAAAAUGUGGUUGGUGCACGCAGAUCAUCGUGGCGCGUUAUUUCCUCCAUUGAGCAAAAAACCGAAGCAUCCGCCAGAAAACAACAGCUCGCCCGCGAGUACAGAGAGCGUGUGGAGAAGGAGCUUAGAGAAAUUUGUUAUGAAGUUUUGGGACUUCUGGACAAAUAUCUUAUUCCAAAAGCCAGCAAUCCAGAGAGCAAGGUUUUCUAUCUCAAGAUGAAGGGAGAUUAUUACAGGUAUUUAGCUGAGGUGGCCACAGGAGACGCCCGCAACACUGUCGUUGACGACUCCCAAACCGCAUACCAGGAUGCAUUUGAUAUAAGCAAGGGUAAAAUGCAGCCAACACAUCCAAUCCGCUUGGGUCUUGCACUUAACUUCUCAGUCUUCUAUUAUGAGAUUUUGAACUCUCCAGACAAAGCUUGCCAAUUGGCCAAACAGGCAUUCGAUGAUGCGAUAGCCGAGCUGGAUACACUCAAUGAGGACUCAUACAAAGACUCAACACUCAUCAUGCAAUUGUUGAGAGAUAACCUGACUCUCUGGACCUCCGAUACCCAGGGUGAUGGGGACGAGCCACAGGAGGGUGGUGACAACUAACCAAACAACUAAAAUGUUUCCUUUUUGACUAUGCAAAUAUUAUUCAGUAAUACAAAAACAAAAGCAAGAAAUAUGAUAAAAUCUUUAAAAUCGAAAAUACCAGGCAGCAGCAGCAGUAACAGCAAUAACAACAGCAAUGCAACAUACAGCAGAAUGCAAAGUCAGCUCGACGAUUAUGAUUAUGACUAUGAUGAUGUCGAUGCUCGUGAUGAUGCUGAUCAUGAAACUGAAGAGGAAUCGGAUUAAGACAGUACUAUUACCUACAAUUUAUACAGCAAAUUGAAGCAUACAACAAACAACAAGCAAAAAGCAAAAAGUAACAACACUCAACACAAAUUGAUAUAUUAAAGCGCAUAUUGUAAAAAGAAAAACCUACAGCGAGCCGACAAAUGUCAAGUUUGGAGCAAACAGUGGCUGGUCACACGCCUCCAAAAUGGUGUUGUUUGUAGUCACGGUUUGCUUUCACAUGCAAAUAGAGUUUUCUUUGCUACUAAUAUUCUCUUAUAAAUAAAUGCAUAGCUACGAUUUAACUUGCUAAGUAAAAAAGAAAGAUAAAGUCAAAACCAAAACAAAUUACAAACAAUCUAAAAAUUAAAGCAACAACAACAAAAGCAAAAGCUGCAUAUUUAGGAAAGCAACAACUAGAAGAAGAACAAGAACGUUAAAUUUAUGUUUGCGCAGUUUUGAUUGUACAGACAAACAUCUUUCAGUUCUUCAAUUCGUGCCCUAAAAGUAAUAUUAUUUAUGAUGAUGUUUUAACGAAGGCAAUUCAUUUUGGAACAAAAUUUUAAAUAUUAACAAUAAUAAGCUACAAACUACAGCUCUACAUUAACAAUAAUAAACACCGUAGUCAGAAAGUUGAUUCUUUUUUGUUUUUGCAGCAUUGUUAAAGCAAAUGAAAACAACAUGAGCAACAUUAACAGCAACAACAACAAAAGCUGCGCAUUCACUUCAGUCAACAAUUUUGUACAAUUAUUAUUAUUAUUAUUUCGUCAAUUGGUUUACGUUUCAGUUAACUCUGUAUAAUUAUAAUGAUUAAUUUUCGUCAAAAUGAACAA